AUGGAGAGACCCAAGACUCCAUCUGGCCCGCUCAAUGCCGGCGAAGCAACACACUCCCCAUCAUCGCCGCCUCCUGCCCCUCGUGCUCGGGGGAGAAGAAGAGGCCCCGCCAGCCACGAUCAAAAUCGAUGGGUCAAUAUCAAAGCUGGUUUGUGCGGAACACCACUGCAAGCUGCGGGUCAGGAGGAUGGUUCUUCGCUCACAGCUCCACACCCACUCGUUUUGGCCUACUCAAAUGCCUUUGAUGAUGAACAAGAUGAAGACAUAGUUAUCAAAAGAUGCAGAUCGAGCUCAGCUGUCCAAGAAGUACCAGAAGCUCACCAGACUUUCCAGGCUGGGAUUGCUGGGGAGCAAAUAGGUACCCAGGCCGAGCAACGAGACAACCGUAGAGGCGGCCCCUACGACAGCCUAGUAAGGUCGAGAGAUCGAAUGAACAUGACCGCAUCUACUCGCUCGGAUUUACGCGGCAUCUUAACUGGCGAGCCGCAAAAAGCUCUGCAGUCGUCGAGUCUUAGCCGGUCCGCAAAUUCCAGCAUCUUCAUGCAAGGAUCUCUACCAGAGAACCCAUCCAGACAGGAAGGGGUCUCUGAAGCUCAACCUUUGCAUUUCUCUGAUCGUAGUUUCACCCCCCUGGUCUCUCCGCGUCCAGUACGGCCAAGUACAGCCUUCCAAAGGGUCUUGAGCUACAGACAAGAACCCGACUUCUCGCAGGCCUCAACUCAGAACCAGCUUGCUUUCGGCGUCCGUGAAAACACGAGAGGUGAUCAGAUUAUGGGAUCCGCAAGUGGAUUUGGUCCAACGCCAUCUCAAUCUGAUCCGUUUGUUCUGCCACGUCAGCAGCAGGCUUCCUUCUAUGACGAGGUAUCUCCACAGUAUGGCUUACCCUCAACAGACCAAGCUCGCCUGCAGGAUUUCUCCUUUGCUGGAGAGAUGGAUCGGGCAUCGAGACAGGCAGCUCCUCUUUAUGGAUUGUCCGCGGAACAUUCUUCGGAGUUUGAGGGCUCUUCGUCGCGUCUGAGGCGUCAGAGUAGGGAAGAGAGGUCCGAUAUGGACAACGAAGACGAUGAAGAAGGCAUCGAUGGCGAGUGA